CAGCUGCUCGUCCAUGUGCCCUCACAGCUAUGAACUUCAUAACGAAUGAACUAGAGGCUUUGGAACAGGAUGGUGACCUUGUUAGCGGGGUACAAGAAAACCACCAAAAUAUAUAUUUGGUCGCGGAGCCGUCUAGGAUUUCCACUGCACCGUCGCUUCAGUCUUCCUUGCAAACACUUGUUCCGUCACCCAAUCCCGUUCCCUCUAGUCCUUUAACACGUCAUCUCUUCUCUACAGCCUCGUCGCUGUCACUUGCAGGUCCUUUGAAUGUGUUACUUUUCGGGGAGACUGGAGUUGGAAAGAGCGCCAUUAUCAACUUGAUUAUGGGAUGCGAUGUUGCACAGACGUCGUCAGAUGCACCACCCUGCACAUUGCGGCACACCUCCCAUCAAGUUAGUCUUGCAGGUCGCGAAUUCAAACUUUGGGAAGCUUCCUCGAUCGAAUCAAUGGGUUUUUUCCGGACCCUUUUUGCAAAAUGGCGCCUGAAAAAGUCAUACAAGAAGCUGUACAGAGAUGACGGAGUUUACCUUCUUUUAUAUUGCAUGAGGGGAUCGAGGGCCCAGAGAGCACUGAUCAAGGAUUAUAAAUUCUUCACUGACAUCGUUGGCUCCACAGCCACUGUGGCAGGCGGCGUACCGGUCGCCGCUGUGGUCACCUGCUUGGAAGAUUAUCCCAAGGACAUGGAUGUGUGGUGGACGAAGAACAUAGACAAUCUGGAACGCCUCGGAAUGCGGUUCUCCGCACACGCUUGUAUCACUUCUCUUCCUGACGAUCCAACAUCCUCACUCGCUAUGCGCGCACGUCGACAGCGAUCAGAACAAGCCAUCCGCCAUCUUAUUUAUGGGUCCUACAGAACAGGUACCGAAACACCUCGCAGUUCCAGUCCAGCUUUGACUCGAUGA